CCCGCGAGCACCGACUUUCCUUGCGGCGAUGAUGCCGGUACCCCCCGAGCCGAACCUGACCCCAGAAAGACGGCAUCUAACGAACGUCUCAGAUCUUAAGUAUUUACAUCCUACGGUCGAUGUUCGUUACUCGUCCUCUAUAUAUUAGGCUCUCGCUAGGGUUUCCACUCUCAUCUCGCUGCUGCUCCUUCCCUUCCUCUCAAGCGUCGGCUGUUUCUAGGGUUUCGAGGCGCUCCUAGGUUUUCGACAAGAUGGUUCUUCCGAACGAUAUUGAUCUGCUGAACCCACCAGCUGAACUUGAGAAGAGAAGGCACAAGCUAAAGCGGCUCGUGCAGUCUCCGAACUCAUUCUUCAUGGAUGUGAAGUGCCAAGGUUGCUUCAACAUAACUACUGUUUUCAGCCACUCGCAGACUGUUGUUGUGUGUGGUAACUGCCAAACAGUGCUCUGCCAGCCGACUGGUGGGCGUGCGAGGCUUACCGAGGGAUGCUCCUUCAGGCGGAAGGGGGAUUGAGGGGGUCUGUUCUAGCUUACCGACUCUUUCGUUAUGAUACCCCAAGGGAAUCAGAUCUUGUGAUUAGAGUGUCGAAUUAUUUCUCUCUCGAGCAGAAGGUUAAGAUCGGUGAUUUUGUUAGUCCAGGAAUGCUUUAUAUUUGUCAGCAAUCUUUUCACAUAUGAGACAACAUUGAUGGUGUUUAGUUCAAGUCUGUUUUUGGAUUGGAAUUUCAUCUCUUGAUGCUCUGUCAGGAAGUGGUAUGAUGUUUUCCAUGAGAUAAAUGCAUCACUUAACUUGUUUAAACGGAUUUUUAUGCAAUCACAGUUAGUUAUUUGUUGCUA